GGUCCCAGUCAGAGAACGGGUGUGAGUGGUCAAAUGGGUGUUAGCGCAGAGACUGGGUGUGAGCACGGAGAACAGGUGUGAGCGGCCAGAGAAUAGGUGUGAUUGUGGAGAAAAAGGGAGCGGUCGAGAACAGGUGUGAGCAUGGAGAAUAGGUGUGAGCCCUUGAACAUGUGAGCACAGAGAACAGGUGGGAGCACGGAGGAUAUGUGAGUGUGGAAUAGUUGUGAGUGGCCGGAGAAUAGAUCUGAGUGUGGAGUAGGGGUGAGCAUGGAGAAUAGGUGGGAGUGGUCAGAGAACAGGUGGGAGCGUGGAGGACAGGUGGCAGUGGUCAGAGAGUGGGUGGGAGUGGUCAGAGAACAGGUAGGAGUGUGGACAACAGGUGGGAGUGGUCAGAGAACAGGUGGGAGCAUGGAGAACAAGUGGGAAUGGUCAGAGAACAGUGGGAGCGUGGAAGACAGGUGGCAGUGGUCAGAGCAGGUGGGAGCAUGGAGGAUAGGUGGGAGCGUGGAGGACAGGUGGCAGUGGUCAGAGAACAGGUGGGAAUGUGGAGAGCAGGUGGGAGCGUGGAGAACAGGUGAGAAUGGUCAGAAAGGUGGGAGCGUGGAGGACAGGUGGGAGUGGUCAGAGAACAGGUGGCAGUGGUCAGAGAACAGUGGGAGCGUGGAGGACAGGUGGCAGUGGUCGAAGAGCAGGUGGGAAGCGCAGCAGCCUCACAGGGGAGACUGGCGGCUCCCACUCGGCCAGAGCCCUGUGCCGAGUCGCCUCUCAGCACCCUGCUCGACCCUGGCAGCCCAGCGCACUUGGCAGGGUUCAUGCGUGCCAAAGUGCCAGUUCUCAGGGCUCACCCUUGAGAUUUCCGUGUUUGUUCCUUAACAUAAGACUUUCCCAUGGUUGAAAGUUUUCAUCUGCACAUCUUGUGAUGUGAAUUCUUGAUCAUCCAAAGUUCAGUCAACGAGCCAAGAGUUUUCCACAAAACACAGUAUCUGUCAAUGCCCAGGACUGAACAUGUUUAUUUUCAUGCCAACACAUUCUUUUCAGAAUUCAAUAAAACCUAACACAUUCAUAGAAUAA